UCUAAAGCCCUAGACAUUCGUUCCUUCUCCGUUCCAUCGGUUACGAUUUUACUCCGGCAACUCAAUCUCACUCUCUCUAGCUCAUAAAUUGGCGGUUACGAAAUUGCAAAGAUGCUUACUAUUAUUCGAAAGCACUUGGGUUGGGAGCAAGUUGCUAUGUUCAAGCUUAGGUUUCGAUUCCACAAUCCCCGAGCUUUGCCACGAAAGUGCUACUUUCCGAUCAAUCGACCGAUUCUUCCACCUCCGAAUCUCAUCAAGAGUCAAAUUCUCUCCCAGAGCACUUGGGUUGGGAGCAAGUUGCUCUGUUCAAGCUUAGGUUUCGAUUCCACAAUCCCCAAGCUUUUGCCACGAAAGUGCUACUUUCUGAUCAAUCAACGGAGUCUUCCACCUCCGGAGAAAAUUUUCUGGAUUAAGUAUUUGGAGGUUGCUGAUUCUCCCAUCUAUCAAGCUAUAUGCAUGCCUUGAGGCUGCAGUUGAUUCUUCAAGCUACUUGACAAAAAUUGAAUCACUUCAUCAGGAGGCCAAUGCUAUACCAAACAUUUAUCUUCCUACUGAAGUUACAAUUUGGCCCCCUCCUUAACUCGAGUUGGAUUAAGUUUAUUUGAUGCAGGUAAAUGUUUUCAACACUUUCUAUUUUUCAUGUGUUGUAUAUUUUGUGCAUUGAAGCAGAUCUCAAAGAAGUUGACCUUUUCCAAUAAUAUCAAUGGGGACCCUUCUCGGUGGAUUUGGGUAACAAAAGAGAUGGUUCCAGAUAAUUUAGAGGAAGCGUGUGGAAUUGACAAUAAAAAUUAUGUUAUAAUUAGUGAUGAGAAUGCGGUUGAUGGGAUUGCUGAAUUCAUAGCCAAAUUAUUUUCAGACAGCUAUACGAUCAGAGUAUCGAUGGCUGGACGUCAAAGGUUUUAAAUGGUUUUUCUAUGCACAAUUCCAGGAUUUGGCACAAAUUUUGUGGUCAUUAUGAAAAUUUAACAAUUUAUGAAGAAAAUUUAUUGUUGUAAUGCUUCUAAAUUGUUGAAUAAGACUGUUUUAUAUUUGUAUGUA